GUGGCAGCCUAGAAAAAGGGGCUGCUGGCGGGCCGAGCUGAAGACAUGGAGCAGGGCUACGGAGGCUAUGGGGCAUGGAGUGCUGGACCCACCAACACCCAAGGUGCCUACGGAACCGGUGUGGCCAGCUGGCAAGGUUAUGAAAACUACAAUUAUUAUGGCACCCAGAACACCAGCGUCACCACAGGAGCGACCUACAGCUAUGGCCCAGCCUCGUGGGAGGCCACCAAGGCCAGCGAUGGCCUGGGAGCUGGGGGCCCUGCUGUGCACAUGGCUUCUUAUGGCCCAGAGCCGUGCACCAGCAAUUCCGACUCCCUCAUUGCCAAGAUCAACCAGCGUUUGGACAUGAUGUCCAAGGAAGGAGGCAGGGGCGGGAGCAGCGGCAGUGGGGAGGGCAUGCAGGACCGGGAGAGCUCCUUCCGCUUCCAGUCGUUCGAGUCCUAUGACUCCAGGUCUUGCCUCCCCGAGCACCAUUCCUAUCGCCCCAGCUAUAGCUACGAUUAUGACUUUGAUCUGGGGCCUGACCGAAAUGGUGGCUUUAGCAGUCAGUAUAGCGACUGCCGGGACCCAGCCCGUGAGCGGGGCUCCCUUGAUGGCUUCAUGCGGGGCCGGGGCCAGGGCCAGGGCCGCUUCCAGGACCGGAGCACUCCCAGCACCUUCAUGCGCAGCGACCCUUACACGCCACCUGCAGCCUCCUCCGAGCCCCUGUCUGCUCCCUGGACUGAGCUGAACUAUGUGGGUGGGCGGGGCCUGGGAGGCCCCUCCCCCAGCCGGCCACCUCCUUCCCUGUUCUCCCAGUCCAUGGCCCCUGACUUCGGUGUGAUGGGCAUGCAGGGGGCUGGCGGUUAUGACAACUCGGUGCCCUAUGGAUGUGGCCGGUCACAGACCCGGAUAAGGGAUCGGCCCAGGCGGAGAGGGUUUGACCGCUGUGGCCCGGACAGCAUGGGCAGGAAACGGAAGCAGUUGCAGAUCUACGAUGAGCCGGAUGCCAAACUGGCCAGGGCUGACAGCGAAGGAGAUUUUUCUGAAAACGAUGAUGGAGCUGCUGACUUCCGGUCAGGGGAUGAAGAGUUCAGGGGUGAGGAUGAGUUCUUCGACCCCGGGAGGCAGAGAGGGGAGAAGGACGAUGAGGAUGAUGAAGUAAAGAAGAGAAGAGAAAAGCAAAGGAGGAGAGACCGGAUGCGAGACCGAGCAGCUGACAGGAUUCAGUUCGCCUGUUCUGUGUGCAAGUUUCGUAGCUUUGAAGAUGAAGAAAUCCAGAAGCAUCUACAAAGCAAAUUUCACAAAGAGACGCUGAGGUUUAUCAGUACCAAACUCCCUGACAAGACGGUGGAGUUCCUCCAGGAGUACAUCGUAAACAGGAACAAGAAAAUUGAGAAGCGGCGUCAGGAGUUGAUGGAGAAGGAAAGCACGAAACCCAAGCCAGAUCCUUUCAAAGGGAUUGGCCAGGAGCACUUUUUCAAGAAGAUAGAGGCCGCUCACUGCCUGGCUUGUGACAUGCUGAUCCCCGCACAGCAUCAGCUCCUCCAGCGGCACCUGCACUCGGUGGACCACAAUCACAACCGCAGGUUGGCUGCUGAACAGUUCAAGAAGACCAGUCUCCAUGUGGCUAAGAGUGUUUUGAACAACAGACACAUAGUGAAGAUGCUGGAAAAAUACCUCAAGGGUGAAGACCCUUUCACCAGUGAGGCUGUCGAUCCAGAAAUCGAAGGGGAUGACAAUUUAGGAGGCGAGGAGAAGGAGGAGACACCCGAGGAGGUGGCCGCGGAGGUGUUGGCCGAGGUCAUUACAGCAGCAGUGAGAGCGGUAGAUGGGGAAGGAGCGCCGGCUCCGGAAGGCAGUGACACGCUGGCCGAAGGGGAAGGCCCUGUGGACGCGGCCCAGGCCCCUCACGGUCCCCACUCUGAACAGCCGCUGGAAGUGGAGACACCGGGUGGCGGGGCCUCCGAGAAGGGCAGCACUGAAGCGGAGGCCGGAGGGGAAGCCGCGGAGGCCGGACGGGAAGUGCAAGUGGCCGCAGCAGAGGCAGAAGGCACUGUGAGGGUCGCGGCCCCGGCUGUCACCGAAGCCAAAGCAGAACAGACUGAUGCAGAACCCAAAGAGGUCCUUCCCACAGAAUGACCCUCCUUCCUGUUGCAAGGGAUGGGUUUCAUAACGCAUUGCUCUUUUUCUCCUUUUGUUUGUAAGCAGAACUAGGGUGUGUGUUACUGGAACAUGCUGGAAACUUCAGUGAAGAGACCCAGCCAUUUGCUUCAACAAAGUGUACCUCGUGGGCUUGUCUUCUAGAGUUGUAUGGCUUUUUCUGCCUUGGUUCGCAGGCUGCAGAAGUUGUACAUUGCCCCAAGUGGCUGUGAAGUCUCUACACUGCAGAUGAAAUAAUAAAAGUUGGCUAAUUAGAUUUUGAUGAUACUUCACCUGUUAAAUACAGCAGGUGGCUGAAUGCCCUUUUUAUUUUUAUUUUUUUUCUGAGAGCAGCUUAAUAUUGGGAUAUAUCUUGCUUUA